AUGCCCGUGCCUGCGGGGGCUCCUCGGCCUGGUGGCCAUGGAGCCGUUGGAGCCGUUGGAGCCGUCGUGCUGCCACUGAGGCGCGAGGCCAUGCGGACGCAAGGCUACAUGACAGCGCCCUCAUUCCGAGUUGAAGCGCCAACAGCUACCUCACCAAUGAUGAGGAAGGUUGUUCCGGAUGUCCUCAGCGCCACCAGCAUGCCACGGCAGGCAAUGGUGUCAGUGCCGAUACAGGUAGCUGCAGCAGGAUACCAAGCCCUGCGGCCCCCUACCGCGCCCCGGCGCCCAGCAGUGCCGCUCGUGCCACGGAGUGCGGGCGCCGCCGUCACUGCCAUUGGCGCAUCCUCGCCGGUUGCGGCACCCCGCGUGGUCCGCGUGCGAACGUCACCGUCGCCCCGUCGCAUGGACAUUGCACCUCAUACCGACACCUUGCGCCUGCCAACACCUGCACGCGCCGUGCAGGUUCCAAUGGUGCAUUCAGUGCAUUCCAUCAGCGCGAUCACAGCUUUGUCUCCUGUACGCCGCGCCCGGGUGAUUAUUCCUGCGGACCGGAGUCCCAAAGCGUCACCAGUGCUGCGCGGAGUCCCCCAGACGAUCGUCCGCAGAGCACCGGAGGCCUCAAAGCCCGAGGCAAAGGAGGCCAAGCUCGAAGUGACUGAAGCCAAAGAAGCCACGAAGGUGGCCGAGGCCCCCAAGGAAAGCCUCCCAUACACCAAGGCCACAGACUUGAAGGCCGAAGCCAAAGAAGCCAAGGAAGGCAAGGAAGCCAAGGAAGCCAAAGACGACAGCAAAAAGUCCAGGCUAGAAGAUGAGAUGGAGGCGGCCGCUGGAGCCACUGGAGAGCACAGCGACUCCCCAGACCUUCUGGGCGACUUCCGCACCCAGCUUUCUCAGACCUCCACACAGGCCUCCGAGGCCAAGUGCGAAUCCCCGAUCUGCUCCCGGGAGGAGGAGGUCCGGAGCGUGAGACCGCUGCCGCCGCGUCCGCAGCAUGCACCUGACCUCCGCGAGGUGUUGGCAGAGGUGGUCGACGAUCCGGUUGGCUUCGCCUGGGAGUUCCUGCCUGACAGACAUCCAGUCGAGGCCGAUGGUGAGCGCCGUUUCAUUGGCGAAUGCCUCGCGCGUGUAGGGCUUGAGCUGCAGGUGGCUGGAGGCCUUGAGAGGUAUGUGCAGAAGAGGGAGGACUUGGCACGGCUCCAUAGCCGGCUCGAGGCAUCGGAAACAGAGAACAUCCCACUCCACAUUCUUCGCUUCGUGCUGGAGGAGACGCUGCAGCAAAGAGUACGGCGCGGCGGACAAGGUGUCUUCGUGCAAGCUGGCGUGAUGAUGUCCAUGGGGAAUAAGAAGGUGGUGAAGAUCGCCUGCAGUUGCGAUGGCAGUGAGGGCCAUGUGUCCGUGUGUUGGGACUGGGAUGUCAAGCUCGAGUCAAAGUGUGACCCCUAG